CAAGGAGUAAAUUUCGUCAAUGAUGAAGACGGCCCCUUUGACUGGUUUUUAGUUUCGCCUCUUGGGAGUUUCAGGUGCCAUAACGAAGAGAGAGAGAAUCGCAAGACGCGGACAGUUGGACUGAUGUAACAUUCACAGGAGGUUCCGGUGAACGCUCAUCACCCCCACCCGCUCAAUGAGGCGUACCUCCUCGGCCACGAGCGCCAGUUCAGAAGGCGCGUCACCCGCGGGUCUUUACACACGGUGGCAGCUGGCAGAUGGCGCCCGCCUGCACGUCUCCAUCAACGGACAGACCACCAGCGGCGGUGGUGGCAGUCCCAAGAGCCCGGACUUUGACCCAGACGACGACCUCUUCGGUUCAGCGGCCUGGCAGAAGAAGAAGCGGGCCAUGAAGCACUCGGGCGGCACGCGGGGUGAAGGGGACGCGAAGGCGGCGCGGCGAGCAAGUGACCGCGAGGGAAGUGAUGGGUCGUCCACUGCCGGCUGGAUGCAGACCAAGCUGCUCCGCUACACCUUUCGCACCUUCGUCAAGGUGCGGAGCUGUGUGCGGGCCUUGUCAUCGUCGCUCCUGGGCAGGCGACGCGGGGAGGCGGGGGUCCGGAGUUUGGGGUCACAGGCGCCUUCCUCCAGGUCACUCUUCUCGACAUCGGUCGACGAUCACCUGAGCAUUGAGGCCUUGUCCAGCAGACGAGGCUCUUGUGCAGCAGCUACAUCUUCCACCGCUUGUCUUUAAAAGGUAUAAUGAGCAAGCGGGUCAAGGCCACACCCUACCAGUGCCCUGUGGCGGAUGACCUCUUCGCUGCAGGACAGGAGCUGGAGCGGCUGUACCCUCGCAUCUAUUGCGACGUCUCGCGGCGCAUCUCCAUGACGAUGACUUCGCCGCAGCUUGUGCGGCGCGCGCUGACCACCGUCCUGGAGGCCACGUUUCGCACAGGCGUGACGUGGGCCAAGGUCGUCUCCAUGGUGGCCAUCGCCGCGGCUUUCGCUGAGGAGUGCGUGGUUCAAGGUCACCCCAACUUCGUGGAGGACAUCGUUAUGUGCGUUGGACACUUCGUGGCCAUGAACUUGACGGACUGGCUGGCGGCGCAAGGGGGUUGGGAUGCCUUUCCUACGGCCAAGGAACCGGAUAUCGUCAAGAUUCCAGACGGAUCCCUGAUGUUGUUCACUGUGGUGAUGGUAAUCACCGGGUCGCUGGUUGUUUUGCUGGGUCUCCGCGUGCUGUCAGACACCUCCACCUGACGUCAUUUUUCAGCAUUUUGACGCAGUAUGAGACGUCAGAAAAAUACGUCAGGAGACAUUGCAUUUAUUUCGUCACCAAAUUUUUGUCAACGAAACAAGGAAAGAAACCGGGUACCGUCGCCUCUACCCGUCUCCUUCCUCUCCCUCCUCUCCUUUGGUGACUGGGCCCACUCUGGCAGGAAAGACUCCACCUUCAUAACGUCCAUAUUUAGGUGGUGUCGUGAAAUCUGGAUCUGAAUGGGGAA